GUUGCCCAAUACCUUCUUCUCUCUGCAAUUUCUUUAAUUUUAAUUACGAUUCCUUGCUCCCCCUCUUUUGCUUCUCCGGCUCUAUAAAUCCUCUAGAGCCCCUCCUCUAUUAACCUUCCUUCUUUUCUGUCCAUUUCCCUCCCUUUCACCCUUCUUCGCCUCACCUAAUUUUCUUCUUCACUCUUCUCCUCUCCUUAAUGUUACUCUAGAUUUCUUCCCCUUCUCAUACACAGCUCAAUUAGCUAUACUCAAUCACUCUUAGCUCUUAAGGUCCGGGCGUUGACGUUUUCGAAGAUGAAUCACUAUGCGAUCCAGCAGAACAACGCGUGCGAAGAGAUGAGGAAUUUGAGAGACGCCGUCGUCUGCCCCAAGCCUCGCCGUUUGAGGAGCGCAGCCCUUCACGAACCCAUCAGAUCUUGCCGAUGGCUUCUUGGCCAUCAAGCUGAGCUGAGUGAUGGGAGAGCAGGGUCGGGUCUCUUGGAAAAUCUCCUUACGAAGGGUUCUUAUGGUGUUGAACAAUUUUACUGUACAGAAAUUGCAACGGCGCACCCAUUUUACAGCGGGUCGCCACCGAGCAGAGUAGCUAACCCACUAAUUCAGGAUGCUAGAUUUGGGGAUGAGAAGCUCACCCCAUCAACACCACUGUCACCUAUACCAACUCCUUCAGGUUCAUUGUCUCCAUCCUCAUCUGCGAGGAAAGGCAGCUGUGUUCGGGCCAAUUUUGGGAGUAAGCCGGCAGUGAGGGUUGAGGGGUUUGAUUGCCUGGAUAGAGAUCGCAGAAACUGCAGGAUCCCUACCCUGGCAUAGAGGUAGAUUCACUUGACAAACAUUGAAGAAGGUACAUAAGAUGAGAUUAAGCUGAAGUUUGCUAUACAGUUACGGCGCUUUGAUAGUAUGAGGUAAUUUUGAAGUUCUCAAUCUAAAAUGAAAGGGUUCCUUCUGCCUUUUGUAAAAUGUUUGAGAGGGUUGUGUAAAUGAGAUGUGUCCUGUAAGUAAAUCAGAUGUUAACUAAAUAAACAGAGGGGAUCCUAGGUCCGUUUUAGGUUAUAAGGUUGUGAGGGGGUGGAAUUUGGUUUGAGAAGUCUGCCACCCUCUUGUAUUGUAAAUAGUAAGAAUCUGGUGGGAGAAUUUGCGUUCUAUUACCAUUUAGGUAUUUCGGAGUUCCAAUGAGCGGCUUAUGAAGUGAAUCUGUACAAAUGAAGUUGCUGUUGAGUCAAUUUAAACAGUCAUUUACAGUGUAAAUAAACCAUUUGUGUUCUAGUCU